AUGGAGAACUCUAUAUCUGGUAUGAUUGAGGAACAAAACGAGUACGUCGGCUAUAAUUCCGAUGACUCUGAAAUGGAAGAAAAUUUGCAGCACGAAGGCGGCUGGAGCGAAGACGAGUUUGAUGCACAAUUUGACACGCAGCUUGAGUACAACUAUUACGGUGAAUCUGACUUGGACACGGGCCGUACUGAUGAUGUGGAAGGUGCAUCAGUUCCUGAGAAUUCUGUUGACAUGAAUCAGGCGACGCCAAGCGCUAGUCAGCCUGAGAAAACACAGAAAUGUAGCAAUGGCAAUGAACAUCCUGAUAAUAAUCGGGAUUUAUACUGGAUGAUAAAAGAGAUGACUUUUAUUUCUGAAGCAGCAUCAUAUUCUUUCUACAACAGAUAUGCUAAAGAUUAUGUGCUCAGCGUCCGGCUGGACCAGGUUAAGCGGUUUGAUGAUGGAGUAAUUCGGCUAAGGCGUUUUGUGUGUUCUAGAGAAGGCAGACGUCCCAAAAAACAACUGACCACGGAAGGCCGCGUAUAUAGGCUCAGACCUGAGUCUCGCUGCGGCUGCAAGGCACGUUUGGUGGUGAAGUUUGAUGGAAGAACUGGUUUCUGGGUUGUUGAAGAUUUUCGAGACAAACAUAACCAUGACCCAGCUGAACCAUGUCAGACUCCGUUUCUUCGGUCCCAUAUAUAG